GCAGUCAGCGCAGCGACACUGACAGCAGGAGUGGUAAACAAAACAAAAACUCGCUGCUUCGAUAGUCCUUGCCAAACGCAACAACUGCUGAACGAUUUUAAUACGGUUGCCUAGAUUUUUAUAUUAAAUUACUACUAUCUAGAGCGGGCAGCUCGAGAAGGUUAUUAGUGGUAUUGAAUCAUUACCACACCACACCUAAACCCACAGGCAAGACAACUGCAAAAAAGAUACCAUCUGUCAGAAGGUUCCAUUUAAAUUCAGUGCUUUUUUCCCUUUAAACUGGAAUAACGGGAAACCCUAAUAAUCAACUCUGCUUUGCAAUGAGCGAAGUGGAAGCAGCAGCAGCUGCUGACAAUGACAUUUCGGAGGCAGCGCGCUUGGAAAAGGAAGCAAUGCUGACGGAAAAAAUGGCAAAGAUGCGAGAGAAGAAUGAGGCGAUCAGAAAGCGGUACAAUGAGGUGCAGGAGGACCUGAAGAACGCGCAGACCAUCAGUAGCCAGGUCAAGGUUGAGUCGGGUAGCGACGACGAGGAUCGCAAGCCUGUGGUCCGCAAGGUUACUAACAAGACACCGUCGAGGGACCGGGAGUGCAAACAGAAGUUCACCCCUCGAAGACAGAACUCAGAAAGUAGCAGCAGUCAGGAUACUGGUGCUGAGCAGUCCAUGCAGGCCAGACCUGUGCAUUCGUUCGGAGAGGGUGGAGGACCUCCUCCAGAUCCAGGCUACAAUUUCCUGGCUGACGAGGAGCGAGAUGGUCCCAAGGAAAAUAAAGAACAAAAAGAGAAGGGAGUUAACAAAAAUAACCCUGCAUCUUCUGGGCAUGGUGGCGGCUUCAAGCAGAAUCAACAGCAGCCUCAGCGUGGUCGCUUUCCUCGGCAGAGGGGUGGCCAGCGGGGCAACCGGCAGUUCCAGGGUGACAACUUCUCGCGGUCCGCUAUGGAGGGUGGGCCGCAUGAUAAAGAUCAAAAGUGGCGCGAGGAGCGGGCGGCCAUCGACGAGGCACGCAUCAGGAGACAGCAGAGUGCUGACGGGAACUGGCGCCGCGAGUGGGACAACAACAAAGACGACACACAACCGCAAACUCCACAAAACCAGAAUCGUGGUGGGCGAGGGCGGGGCGGCGACCGAGGCUCAUUUGGAGGCGGCUUGCAACGCGGUGGCAAUGGCACAAAAUUCUUUUACCAGCAAAGAGCCAGAGGAGGCCCCCAUUCAGAGUCGCGCAGUAUUCCAGGGGGCGACAGAUGGGUGCGAGACACGCAGCCCCCGAGUGAAGGAAGCCGCCCAGAUGAUGCACCAGUAAGAGAUCUCAGAGAUAUAAUUAACUCCAGGAGGUCAGGAUGUCCCCCUACAAACAGAGGUAACCGUUCUGACUUCCAGCCAAAGCCCAGGAGAGACAACAAUACAUGGGGCAGCAAUCAGAUUGAACAUACCGAAAAUGAUGACGAAUGGGAGGACGUGGAAUGAAAGUGUGCUUAAAUUCGGCAAAAUUGUACAUACAUGAUUGUGUGAAGUUGUAUCUCAGUAGCUUCAUAGGUCUUUUUCAAAACUGUGUUACACUUAAGAUCUGUUUUUAAUAAAACAUGUUGCUUCGCUCAAA